AUGCCAAAAAGAAGAAUCAGUAGCUGUCCUCUAAACGGGGUUCACUAUUUUCCGAAAAGAAAUCAAAAUCAAGAAAUAGAUAUUUUAACAUUGGAAAGCUCCUCCCAGCCUGCUGCGAAGCGACUAAAGAUUCAAUCAGCGAUGAUUCAAUGCAAGUUGUGUGAGGGCUUUUUCUACGAUCCGAUUCAAUUGGCUGAUCAUAAAUGCAGCUGCUUGGUUGCGAAAAAGUACAAAUGCAAGUUGUGCGAGAGAGAAUUUUCUUCCGCUGCGAAUUUGGCUAGUCAUGACAGGUGGCAUCGACAACAGAAAAGGGAUAAACACUUCGAAGGCAUGGCCUUCAAAAAUGGUGACAUCAGAUCAACGGCAAAAGAAAUAAGCGACAAGAAAACGAAAUCAGAGAAAAGCUCAAAAUCAUGGAUCACGAUCGAGGUCUUAUCUAAUCUGGAACGGAUAAACGAUUUUUUCUAA